AUGUAUCAGGAUCUGAAACGAGUGUACUGGUGGCGUAGUAUGAAGAGAGAAGUGGCAAAGUUUGUUAGUAAGUACUUGGUGUGCCAGCAGGUUAAAGCACCUAGACAAAAACCAGCAGGGAAAACCACUUAUACUGCUAGUAAGCGGGCACAGUUAUAUUUGACUGAGAUUGUGAGACUGCACGGAGUGCCUGUAUCGAUUGUUUCUGAUAGGGAUGCACGUUUUACUUCCAAGUUUUGGAAGGGACUUCAGACUGCUAUGGGCACGAGGUUAGAUUUCAGUACGACUUUCCAUCCACAGACUGAUGGUAAAAAUGAACGUUUGAACCAAGUUUUAAAGAAUAUGCUACGAGCUUGUGUACUAGAGUUUUCAGGUAGUUGGGACUCUCACUUGCAUUUGAUGGAGUUUGCUUAUAAUAACAGUUUUCAGGCUACUAUUGGCGUGGCGCAAUUUGAGGAUUUGCAUGGUAAAUGUUGUAGAUCUCCUGUUUGUUGGAAUGAGGUAGCACCUAUGAAGGGUGUUAUGCGUUUUGAAAAGAAAGGGAAGUUGAGUCCUCGUUUCGUAGGACCGUUUGAGAUUUUAGAGAGAAUCGGUGUUGUGACAUAUCGUUUGGCAUUGCCACCAUCCCUCUCUGCAGUUCAUAAUGUUUUUCAUGUUUCGAUGUUGAGAAAGUACGUGGCAGAUCCAUCUCAUGUAGUGGAUUAUGAACCACUAGAGAUUGAUGAGAAUUUGAGCUAUGUAGAACAAUCAGUUGAGAUUCUGGCUAGACAGGUGAAGAUGCUUCAUAACAGAGGGUUUGCAUUAGUAAAAGUAUUGUGGCAAAAUCAACGAGUUGAAGAGGCGACAUGA